CACGUUAGUGUUGACUUCUUCCUCCUACAGAGCGCGAGCAUAUCUAAAACAUUGUAAUUAAUUAGUUUAUAUAUUUUUUCAUAAAAUCUUCAGUUUAUGCUCUUUUCCAUUUAAAGCAGACUUAAUUCACUGCAUUAUGCGGACUUUAUCAUGGAUUGUUCGGACAUCUUUCGAAGACACACACACCGUUUCCAUCUACCUGUGCGUUCUGUUCACUAGUGUUUCAGGUGUGUUUGAGAUACAUGGAGUAAAGACAGUUUCAGUGAUGGAGGGAGAUUCUGUCACUUUAAACACUGAUGUUGAAGUACAGACUGAAGAUCAUAUUCUGUGGACAUUUGAACCACAAUGUAUUCAAAUAGCAGAAAUUAUUAAAAGGGACAAAUUACAUUUUGUAUUUGUCAGUAAUGAUGGGAGAUUCAGAGAUAAACUGCAUAUGGACAAUCAAACUGGAUCUCUGACCAUCAGAAACAUCAGAUCUGAACACAGUGGACUUUAUCAGAUGCAGAUCAGUAGUUCAAAAAUCUUACAGAGGAGGUUCAAUGUUACUUUGUAUGCUCCUCUUCCCAUUCCCGUCAUCAACAGAGACUAUUCACAUUGUUCUUCAUCCUCACCUGGAUGUUCAUCAGUGCCAAAAUGUCUCCUGCUGUGUUCAGUGGUGAAUGUGAGAAAUGUGACUCUCUCCUGGUUCAAAGGAAACAGUUUAAUGUCCAGCAUCAGUGUGUCUGAUCUCAGCAUCAGUCUCUCUCUUCCUCUGGAAAUCAAGUGUCUGGAUGAUUCCUACAGCUGUGUUGUGUCGUAUUCAUUCACCAACCGGACUAAACAUCUCAGCAUCACUGAACUCUGUCUGACAUGUUCAGAACUCCACCAGCAUGCACUUGAGAUACUGCUGAUAACAUCCAUGUUUCUGCUGUUAGCGUUCAUGAUUGUAGUUGUGCUGAUGGUCUGUCGCCUUUUAAAGUGCAAUCGAGGAAAAGAAAAGGCCCAGACUGAAGAAAAGAUGGAUAAUGCUGAUAGCUCAGGAGCUCAGGAUAAGAUGUGUGUCUCUCUUCCUACAAAAGAAUGAUGGAGAAGAUGUGCACAAGAUGUCCACCCCAUUGCACAAAGUAUUCGGACACCAUUAACAGUUGACAUUUAUUUGCUUAAGGCCAUUUCACACUGCAUCAACAGAUGCA